UCCGUGCGUCUGGAUUAACCGUGCUUUCAGCAAGAGCAGCUGCUGAACCGCAGUGACUAACGGUGUGUGUUAUUUGCAUCAGGUUCGUUUUUUUACUGGAAGUUUAAAAAAAAAUCGUUAAUUUUCUUUUUGAAAACGUUUAGACAUUUUCCUGGUGUCCAGCCUCCAACAGGAAAGAAAGUGUGGAUACGGGGGAACUGGACAUACAACAAAUCCAACCAUGUUGCAGGCACUUCUGAUUUGGGCUGUAUUUGCUGCAAAUCUCCCUUCCCCAACCAGCCAGGGUUGUUUCAAUGUGAGUGAGUCUCAAUGUCACAAUGUGGACUUUGCUCCCGGAUCCAACCUGGCAGGAGAAGGCUUUGACAUCACCACCAUGCAACGGAAAGGGGCCUUCGCCCUCGACAUGAGCUCCUGGCUCCAGAAGGACAAGUCCUGUACUCUGUGUAAAAACCCCUACAUGGGAGGUCAAAUGCAGAAGCUCCCGGUUUCUGUGGUGGACUGGAGACCGAGUCAGAGGUGCAGAAUGAAAUUGUCCAGCUCCGUCUACCAGUCCAGCGAGGACCUGGUCACUGCCAGCACCUCUUCUAUUGAGAACAACUGGAAAGUAGGCUUGCACAUAAUGACUCCAAAAGUCCAGGGAUCACUGAUGCUGGCAGGCAGUAACUCCAAGCUGGCUGAAUAUUCAAUGGAGAAAACCAAAAAAGACAGGUUCAGCUUCACCAGCCAUGCUGUCUCAUGUGGAUAUUACAGUUACAGGGUUUCGAGCCGUCCACCCUUGCACCCAGAACUAAUUAAUGAAUUCGGAAGUCUCCCUGAGAUAUAUAAUGAGUCUACAAAGUACCACUAUUUCAAGAUGAUUGACAAGUUUGGAACUCAUUAUAUCACAAAGGUGACUCUAGGUGGAGAGGUUCGCUCUGUGACCAGCAUCAGGGAAUGCCAGGCGUCCCUGCAGGGUCUGAGUGUGGAUGAGGUGAAGACAUGUCUGGACGUGGAGGCUUCUGUCAGUAUAGGAAUAGCUGCAAGCCUGAAUCCCAAGGCUCAACAGUGCCAGCAGGCCACGGACAGGACUCUGAGCAAAAAGAGCUUUGCUAGCAGCUUCAGAGACAGGGAAACAUAUGUGAUGGGUGGCUACACUCGGAGUGUCGACCUCCUUUUCUCAUCAAAUAAUGACCCAGAGGCCUAUAAGGAGUGGGUCUCAUCUCUGCCCGCUCACCCUGAUGUGCUUUCCUACUCGCUUGAGCCCCUUCACGAGUUGCUGCCAGAGAAAAACCCAAUCCGAGAGCAUUUGCUCAAUGCUAUCAAGGACUACAUCCUACAGAGGGCUCUGUUGAAAAGCGAUACAAACCCAUGUAAGAACAGUGCAUACUCCGAGGAACCGUGCAGCUGCCACAACAAACCGGGUGUGGCCCCCAACUGCUGCCCCACUAAGAAAGGAUAUGCAGAGAUCACCGUAACUGUGGUUGGAGCCACGGGUUUAUAUGGAGAUUACUUCCAUAAGACAGAUGCAUUCGUGAAGCUUCUGUGGGAAGAUGGAACCGUCCAUGGCCAGACGUCCGUGAUCAAAGAAAACAACUCGCCCAAAUGGAACCACAAGUUCCCUCUUGGAACUGUGGACCUUACUCAGGUCAGCAGUGUGAAGCUGGAGGUGUGGGACGAGGAUGGUAAUUUAAAAUAUGACCUUCUUGGGGUAUGUAAAGUUCUACUGAAAUCUGGAAAAAAUCUGGACUGUUCGCUCAAUCAUGGAAGGCUGUAUUAUAAUGUGGAAGUAAAGUGUAUUGACGGAUUGGCUGGUUCUUUGUGCACUGUGUACAAGCCCUUUGCCAUGGAGGCACAGCUGGAGAAAACAUACGUCUCCCGGAAUGCUCGCCCGAUUCCCAAAAGCAUGCUGCUGCAGAUGGGAGUGCUCCUCGAUGCAAGCCUUCACAACCAGAGCAACAUUUGCAAAGCUACAGGUCUUGAGUUGCUCAUUUGUACUGCCUUUUGCCUUUUUGGAAGCUUACUAAAAGUAUCAUGAAGCAAAGUCUUGCUACAGUUAUGUAGUUUGUAAAUUGCAUAUUCAUGGCAGCUACUAUAAUGUUUAACGUAGAAUAUCUGCAUUUAGUAUUGGUGUAUUAUUACUAUCUACUUUUAGCGCUCAUUUGUGCUGCAACUGUCUUUUUUUCAAAGCCUAAUAAAAGUAUCAUGAAGCAAAAUA